GCUAACGACAGCUGGACUAGUGAGGAACCUGGUAGAUAGCCUAGAGUCCUAGACUAAUUGUGUUUCCUAUAAUUAGGGUGCUUGCAGCGCAUCGGCCAACUUCCGACUGAGAUUUGUACCCCUCGAAACCGGGGCAUGUCGCAGACAAAAGACUCUCUCUGGUUAACUCGAUUGAUCAUCUUUCUUUUUGUUCAUACUCAUCUAGAACUGCAUACAGCAUUCAUCAGCCAUGCUUUCGGCACACGAUAGACCACCAAAAUAUGAACGUCUCGAUUCACCAUCGGAUGAAACUCUAGAGGAUGGACUUCGUGCGCCACGAAUGUAUCCCCUACGAGAACCCAGUACUCGGAAGAUUGCAGGCUGGACGAUUUUUGCUGCGAUUCUGGGCUUUGUUGCGGGAGUCCUGUCGAUCCGCAUCCACGCCAUGAUCAUAAAUUGCCAUGCUUUCAAUCACCUUGCACCCCGCAUCCCACUGCAGAACAUCCCAGGAGAAUUCACUUAUCCCACUCCCUUUUCGGAGGAGCCACCGCAGGGCGAGGGCGCAGGACAGAUAGCAGAACCAAUUUGGGACUCUUUGGUUCCCAACGGACUGGGCUAUUUCAAAGAUGAAAGUCUUGCCCCCCAAGUCUCCAUCCCUACCGUCUUCCAUCAACUACACUGUCUGUAUGUCAUACGACGAGCCUACUAUUCACAGUCCGACGACAUUCAACCAUUUGACCUCGGCAAAAACCGUGCGGCUCAUUUAUCACAUUGUUUCGACUAUCUCCAGCAAAGUAUCACUUGUGCUGCGGACACGACUAUAGAACCGGCCGAGGGUAAAAUGAACGCCCACCUUGGAAGCGGCGUUACUCGACAGUGUCGCAAUUUCGAACAAUUGAAAGACUUUGUCGCGGAACGGCGCGCGUUCAAUGCCACCGGCUUCCUCGCGCGCGAAUAAUGCAGAACUUCUUUUUAUCUCCUUAAGAGACUCUUCUCUCUUGCUACGCUUUAUGAGAGGAACGUAUUUAAUACGUUAGCUGUCCUCCGCCCUGUCGAUCCGCAGACUUCCGGUAUUCACAUGGUCGUCAAUAUCAUCGCUUAGGGUGCAGCCUCGUUCCUACCAUAAUGGUAUCAUAUCGAAUCUGCCGACUAUACCAGUCAUGCUCGAUAUAGCACAGUCCAUUUCAAUCGACUUAUGCGAGCUAGCG